CUCGCUGCCCGCUGCAACGUGUACAAGACCGGAGAGAUCAGAAAAAAACCGCAAAGCUAUCUUCCAAUCCGAAACUUAGCUAUAUCCUCAACAAUGCAGCUCACCAAAGCACUUUGCAUCGCGGCCGCCGCUCUCGCGCCAAUCGCGCUGGCCCAGGAACCUUCGGCGCCGGAGACCCUCACCUACGAGCUCCUCAAAGUCGCAGACCUGACCUCCUCAACCGCUGCCCCCACCAGCACCAGCACCAGCACCCCGAUCACCUCCAGCUCCACCGCGACGCCUACCUCCUCCUUCGCGACGCCGACCUCGACUCCAAUCUGGGGAUCCAGCUCGUCCGUUGGCAGGACGCCGACCAAGUCUGCUUCUACGCCCAUUGCGUCCAACUCGAUUCCGCAUACUGGUGAUGCUGCGUCCGUGACUGGGUCCUCCGGUGUGCUGGCUGCUGUUGUGGUGGCUGCUGCUGGGUUUUUUGUGUUUUGAUGUCGGCGGGGCUGGUUCCAUAGAUGGACAGGCAGAUGUUUAUAUACUAUGUACGGAGAACCUGGACUACUCUUCCCCAGACGGGACGCCGAGAAGCCGCCCGCUUGCUUCAGGAUUCGCCCAGAGAGUCAGGUGGUCUUGUUGCAUAAUCGAUAUCGUGCGGUGUUGCUUGACCUGACUUGUCUCGCAUUGACUAGAUGUAUAUACAAC